AUGGCUUUAUCUUCAGUAAAAGCCAGCAUAUUUUUCCUGCCCCAUGAGACAGCCCGUCAUGCAGCGACCAUUCUCGGAUUCCCAUCCCAAGCCUCCAUCGCCUCAGCGUACUACGAAAGCGCAUGCGUCGACUUUGACCAUAUACGCGACCGGAAGAUGUACAUAAGGCAAAGUCAAUGGUUAGCCAAGCUAUCACAAGAUACCCGAGCGAGAUCUCGAAUAUCGUUAGCAUUUCAUUCCCCACGAACCACCUCUAGGUUCGCGAUGUAG